AUGACCAGUUCCGCCUCGACCUCCGCAAUGAACACCCCAACGUCCACAACUGGCUCCCAGCUAGACUCGCACCCCGACUCACACCUCAACUUACACCUCAAUUCCACCCACAUCAGUGAGGACGGCCUUUUCACAGCAGAACUGAUAUCCCCCUUAAUCGCCGCCUCACUCCCAGAAUCAUACACAAUCCGCGCACUACGUAAAUCCGACUAUGCGCGCGGCUUCCUGGACUGUUUACGGGUGCUGACGACAGUGGGCGAUAUCACGGAGGAGCAGUGGAGUGGGCGAUAUGAAUGGAUGACUACCCAAGGAAAGGGAUGUUACUAUCUACUCGUGGUGGAUGACGGGUCUCGGAUCGUCGGCACAGGGGCAUUGAUUGUGGAGAGGAAAUUCAUCCAUAACCUCGGCCUCGUGGGCCACAUCGAAGACAUCGCCGUCGCCCAAGACCAACAGGGUAAGAAGCUGGGCCUGAAAAUUAUCCAAGCGCUGGAUUUCGUCGCCGCAAAAGUCGGGUGCUACAAGAGUAUCCUGGAUUGUAGCGAGGCGAACGAGGGAUUCUACAUCAAAUGCGGGUUCAGGCGUGCUGGGUUGGAGAUGGCGCAUUAUUAUGACCCUCCGAAAAGUUCUCAUUUGUAG